AUGUACAGCCAAAAAUCCGCCUCCGGCAUGGUAGUGCCAUGCGUGAUAAAUGGAGAAGCAGUAUCACUACCUGACACGCAGAAUUUUGCUGUCAUUGAAGGCAAAACUGGAAAGACGGUGCAUUAUGCUCAGAGUGCGACUGUCGACGUCGCGAUCAGGGCGGUGGAAGCCGCGGCUCAAGCUUUCAAGUUAUGGAAGAGGGUUCCAAUGACUGAGCGUCGAGACAUCCUCAACCGAGCAGCAGACAUCCUUCAGAGCAAGGCUAGCGAAGCUACGAAGCGAGUCACCAUUGAGACGAGCAGCGACGAUCACUGGCCCCCAUUCGACUGUUCGUUGGCGGCAACAAUGAUUCGGCAAAAUGCUGCUACUGGAAUGACUCUUGGUGGCAAGAUUCCACCCCCCGAUGACCCUGAUAAUUUGUCUCUUGUUUUCAAAGAGCCGGUGGGUGUUGUCAUGAUUAUUCCACCUUACGCCAGCUGGAAUGCACCUAUGAUCAUGGCUUGUCGAGGAAUCAGUGCUGCGCUUGCUGCAGGCUGUACACUCAUUUUGAAAGCAUCAGAGCUAUCCCCGUGGUCACAUCAACUAAUUCUAGAAGUAUUCAAGGAGGCAGGAUUACCAGACGGUGUGCUGAAUCAAAUCCAGAGCUCUCGGAAGGAUGCAGCUGCCGUCACAGAAACUGUCAUCAGUCACCCUUCUCUUAGAAAGAUCGAGUUUAUUGGCAGCCCGCAUGUCGGAAAGAUCAUUGGCAGCGUGGCUGCAAAACACCUCAAGCCUAUCCUAAUGGAACUCGGCGACCAGAGUCCGGCUAUAGUUCUAGAAGACGCGGACCUUACACUAGCAGCGGAGAAGUGUGUUCUCGGAGCAUUCAUCCACCAUGGCCAAGUCUGUUUCGGCACCGAAAGAAUUCUUGUCCAAGACAAGAUUAAGGAUGCAUUCCUGGAAGAACUCGUCAAAGCUGUGAAGGCAACCCCUGCAGGACAUGCUAUCACUUCUGAAAGCGCCCAAAGAACACACGACCUCAUUUCUGAGGCUGUAGUCGAGGGUGCCGAAGUUAUUAUUGGCGAGAAUGAAAUGGUCGGUCGUUCUUCUCUUCAGCCAUGUAUUGUAUCAAACAUCAAUUCCAAGUCACGCAUCAAUAGAGAGGAAAUUUGGGGGCCUGCUGCAUCAUUUUCGACUUUCUGUACCGACGAGGAGGCCGUAAAGGUUGCGAAUAGCACUGAAUAUGGGCUUUCGGCGUCGAUAUUCACAAAGGAUUAUGCCAGAGCGUUGAAAUUGGCGCGUAAUCUUGACUUUGGACAGGUUCAAGUCAAUGCGUUUACUUUGAAUGUGACCUCGACGACUCCGGUGACAGGGUAUAAGGGUUCCGGAUGGGGGAGCAAUGGUGGAGGAUAUGGAGUCGAAGAAUUCAUGUUCAAUAAGCAUGUGUUUUUACGUCCAUGA